UUCACUCCACCCCCUCUCGAUGGUUUUCGUCGCGUGCGCUACCGCCUUAUUGGCAGUCAAAAGUUCAUUGCUUAUCACACUACACAUAUCUCGUUCGGCGUUCGGCAAACAACAAAUCUUAAAAAAAGUAAAGUUAACUUAUUAAAGUUAUAUGUCUCGUUUUAAUGAUGGAAAUUGAAGCUUCAGGUUCUCAAGGCACUUCAGGGGUUCGAAAUGUGACUCGAAAAUACCUAUUCGACCGCAUGCAAGCUCAGAAUUCACCAAAUUUGGACGAAAAAUUAAACUCUUUACAACAGGAGCUUUUGUCAAGUGAAAAAUACUCUGACGAACAGAUAUCAGCUCUUAAGCACAAUUUUUCACAUUUUAAAUCACAAAUCAAGAAAAAGUGGCUGCAAGUGCAAGUGCAGUUGUACGUUGAAUUAUACCCAUGGCACCCGAUGACACCGACAAUGCACAAAAUACUUGUGCAUGGUGCAUUAAUCAUAAAAAAUGCAUUGGUGCCUAUUGGGCAACUUUCGGAUGAGGCUGCAGAAUUCUUAUUGACGUAA